AUGACUCGUGGAAACCAAAGAGACCGAGACCGCGAGAAGCAGCGCAAGAAAGCCGGCGCAGAGAAAUCUGCAAACUCGCUCUCCGGAACCGAAUUCGCACGUAAGAAAGAAGACGAUGCCGCAAAGAUGCGUGCGAAGCAAGCAAAGGCCGACGCGAAGAAAGCCACUGAAGGCCUUGGAGGGAAGAAGAAAUGA